UUGAGCACAACCAGGAACAUGAUUAAGCUCAUCUGUGCUCUGUCAAAAAGUCAGACAACCUUAAAAGCAUCAAAGCAGAGGAUCUUGAAGAAGUGCUGUGAUUGGAGAUGGCAGAGGAGUUGAUUCUGCUGGAUGAGUGGCUCAGCAUGUAUGGGAUGAGAGCAAGGAUAGCACUUGCAGAGAAAGAGAUAAAGUAUGAAUACAGAGAAGAGGAUCUGGAUAACAAGACCCAGUUGCUUCUUCAAAUGAACCCAAUUCACAAGAAGAUUCCUGUUCUCAUCCACAAUGGUAAACCCAUCUGUGAGUCCAUCAUCAUUGUUGAGUAUGUUGAUGAACUUUGGAAGGACAAACCCUCUUUCUUACCCUCAGAUCCUUAUCAGAGAUCUCAGGCCAGGUUCUGGGCUGAUUUUGUCAACAAAAAGAUAGGUGAUGCUGGGUGGAAGAUAUGGGCUGGAAAAAGAGAAGGGAUUGAAGAGGCAAAGAAGGAGUUUGUGGAGGCCUUAAAGGAAUUGGAGAAGGAGCUUGGAGACAAGCCUUACUUUGGAGGUGACACAUUUGGAUUUGUUGACAUUGCUCUCAUCCCUUUCUCCACCUGGUUUUACACUUAUGAGGCAUUGGGGAAUUUCAAAGUAGAGGCAGAGUGUCCUAAGAUCAUUGCUUGGGCUAAGAGAUGCAGUCAGAGGGAAAGUGUUUCCAAAUCUCUUGCUGAUGAAAAAGAGGUCUAUGAGUUUGUUGUAGGCUACAGAAAGAGCAAUCACUUGGAUUGAAUACUCAUUUUCUGUUAACAGAAUAAAGUUCUGUGAUGAAGUUCACCUUCUGCUAUGAACAGGACUUCAACACAGACACUUAAAAGGAACUUUGUUAUGCUUUCAACUUUUCUGGAAUCUCUAUCUAUAUAUGUUAAAUGUCAAGCUUAGUUCUAG